UCCUCCACGCCCUGAGAGCCGCCAUUUUUGGGGGGAGGAGAAAUGCUAGUAACGGCGGCAGAAGCUCAGCGCGAUGUUGACUCGCUUUUGCGUCUCUUGCCAGCACUGUAGGACCGGGACAGAGGAAUCUACCAGGGCCACUCCGGCUGUCUCUCCGGAAUGAGGCCUCGGUUCCCGCACGGGACGGCCCCCUUCCUCCUCCAAGAGUGCGUGGCGCCCCGCAGCGCGGCGAACCCUCGCGCGCCCUCCGCUGUCAGUUACCCGCGCGCUCCCGUUGGAGCCCAAGGAGAGGCCGAAGCCGAGACGAUGCCUGGGAAGCUGAAGGUGAAAAUCGUGGCUGGGCGCCAUUUGCCAGUGAUGGAUCGAGCUAGUGACCUGACUGAUGCCUUCGUGGAGGUAAAAUUUGGUAAUACCACCUUUAAAACAGAUGUGUAUCUCAAGUCCCUCAACCCUCAGUGGAACUCAGAAUGGUUUAAAUUUGAGGUGGAUGAUGAAGAUUUACAAGAUGAACCUUUACAAAUCACAGUUCUUGACCAUGAUACUUACAGUGCAAAUGAUGCCAUUGGUAAAGUGUACAUUGAUAUUGAUCCUUUACUCUACAGUGAAGCUGCAACAGUCAUCUCAGGAUGGUUUCCAAUUUAUGAUACCAUACAUGGUAUCCGUGGAGAAAUCAAUGUAGUUGUCAAAGUAGACCUCUUCAAUGAUUUAAAUCGAUUUAGGCAGUCAUCAUGUGGAGUCAAAUUCUUUUGCACAACAUCUAUUCCAAAGUGCUAUAGAGCAGUAAUAAUUCAUGGCUUUGUAGAAGAACUUGUGGUCAAUGAAGAUCCAGAAUAUCAAUGGAUUGAUCGAAUUCGCACACCAAGGGCAUCAAAUGAGGCCAGACAGAGACUCAUUUCUUUAAUGUCAGGUGAACUGCAGAGGAAGAUUGGCUUGAAAGUACUUGAAAUGAGAGGAAAUGCUGUCGUCGGAUACUUACAGUGUUUUGAUCUGGAAGGCGAAUCUGGGUUAGUGGUGCGAGCCAUAGGAACAGCGUGUACUCUGGAUAAAUUAAGCAGCCCAGCAGCAUUCCUUCCUACGUGUAAUUCUCCAUCCAAAGAAAUGAAGGAGAUUCCCUUCAAUGAAGAGCCCAACCCCAAUACUCACUCAUCAGGACCCUCAACCCCUCUGAAAAACCAAACUUAUUCCUUUUCACCUUCCAAGUCCUACAGUCGACAGUCCUCUUCUUCUGACACAGAUUUGAGUUUGACACCCAAAACUGGAAUGGGAAGUGGUAGUGCUGGAAAAGAAGGGGGGCCAUUUAAAGCUCUUUUGAGACAACAGACUCAGUCAGCACUGGAACAGAGGGAAUUUCCAUUUUUUACCCUGACGGCGUUUCCUCCUGGAUUUCUUGUGCAUGUUGGGGGAGUUGUUAGUGCACGCUCUGUGAAGCUUUUGGAUCGUAUCCACAAUCCUGAUGAACCAGAAACUCGAGAUGCGUGGUGGGCAGAAAUCAGACAAGAAAUAAAAUCACAUGCUAAAGCUUUAGGCUGUCAUGCUGUAGUGGGCUACAGUGAAUCAACUAGCAUCUGUGAAGAGGUCUGUAUUUUAUCUGCAUCCGGCACAGCAGCUGUACUGAACCCUAGAUUUCUGCACGAUGGCACUGUGGAGGGCUGUUUGGAACAGAGGUUGUCAUGGCAGCCUGGCUUAUUUUCCAUAAGGGCAGAGAAGGGAGAGAGGCUAGAAGAAAAUUUGCCUGCAGGCUGUGGAUUUUGCCAUAUACCGUAUGAUGAACUGAAUAUGCCAUUUCCAGCUCAUCUCACAUAUUGCUAUAACUGCAGGAAACAGAAAGUUCCUGAUGUUCUCUUUACAACUAUAGACCUCCCAGCAGAUGCAACAGUUAUUGGAAAAGGUUGUCUAAUUCAAGCAAGGUUAUGUCGCUUAAAAAAGAAAGCACAGGCAGAAGCAAAUGCCACAGCUAUCAGUAAUCUGUUGCCAUUUAUGGAAUAUGAAGUACAUACUCAGCUAAUGAAUAAGCUAAAACUCAAAGGAAUGAAUGCUUUAUUUGGACUGAGAAUUCAGAUCACAGUGGGCGAAAAUAUGUUGAUGGGCUUAGCGUCGGCCACAGGUGUAUAUUUAGCAGCGUUACCAACGCCUGGAGGAAUUCAGAUUGCUGGGAAGACUCCUAAUGAUGGCUCAUAUGAACAGCAUAUAUCUCAUAUGCAAAAGAAGAUAAAUGACACGAUUGCUAAGAAUAAAGAGUUAUAUGAAAUCAAUCCUCCGGAGAUAUUUGAAGAGAUUAUAGGAUCACCCAUCCCAGAACCUAGACAACGCUCAAGACUUUUAAGAUCUCAGUCAGAAAGCUCUGAUGAAGUUACAGAAUUGGACCUUUCACAUGGGAAAAAAGAUGCUUUUGUUUUGGAGAUUGAUGACACAGAUGCAAUGGAAGAUGUACAUUCUCUACUUACCGAUGUUCCUCCUCCUUCAGGUUUUUAUAGUUGCAAUACAGAAAUUAUGCCUGGUAUAAAUAAUUGGACAUCUGAAAUACAGAUGUUCACAUCAGUAAGGGUAAUCCGGUUAAGCAGCCUUAACCUGACUAAUCAAGCCCUCAAUAAGAACUUUAAUGAUCUCUGUGAAAAUUUGCUCAAGAGCCUGUAUUUUAAACUACGGUCUAUGAUCCCCUGCUGCCUUUGCCAUGUAAAUUUUACAGUAUCUCUGCCUGAAGAUGAAUUAAUUCAGGUUACAGUCACAGCAGUUGCUAUAACUUUCGACAAAAAUCAGGCCUUACAGACCACAAAAACACAUGUUGAAAAGUCAUUGCAAAGAGCCUCUACAGAUAAUGAAGAACUUCUGCAGUUUCCACUGGAACUCUGUUCAGAUUCACUUCCUUCUCAUCCUUUUCCACCAAUUAAAGAACACCUGGAGAGUGCAAGUUCUAACUCAGGUAUACCAGCUGCACAGAGAGCAACGUCAGUUGAUUACAGUUCCUUUGCAGACAGAUGCAGCAGCUGGAUAGAGCUCAUUAAACUGAAAGCUCAGACCAUAAGGCGCGGAUCAAUUAAGACAACUGUGACAGUUGAAAAAGCAAGUCCAAUGGGUGAAGGAAAUUUCCGGAAUCGUUCUGCUCCACCUUGUGCAAAUUCUACAGUUGGGGUUGUUAAGAUGACACCUCUUUCUUUCAUUCCCGGAGCGAAAAUAACUAAAUAUCUUGGGAUAAUUAACAUGUUUUUCAUUCGAGAAACCACUUCUCUACGUGAGGAAGGAGGAGUCAGUGGUUUUCUCCAUGCUUUUAUUGCUGAAGUGUUCGCAAUGGUGAGAGCUCAUGUUGCUGCAUUAGGAGGGAAUGCUGUCGUGUCCUACAUAAUGAAGCAGUGUGUCUUCAUGGAGAAUCCAAAUAAGAACCAGGCACAGUGUCUUAUAAAUGUAAGUGGUGACGCAGUGGUUUUUGUUCGUGAAUCUGAAUUAGAAGUGGUAUCAACCCAGCAACCCACCGCCAACUGCCAGUCGUCAUGUACUGGGGGAGAAGUUACAACCUGAAGGAAAUUAGAAAGAAGGAGCUCAACUAAAUGAAAUUCAUCUGUCUCCAUUGUUUCAUCAUUAAUGAUCUCACUAGACUUUUUAAAAAUUGAACUUAAUUUGAGAUAUUUAAGAAAGAAUUGAUACAUUAUGAGUAGAUUUGAUUUGUCUAGAAUCUCUUGGAGGCAUGAGAAUCUUCUAAUCUUGACAUUUUAUUUGCCAAGCCUAGAUAGAAAAGCCCGGUGGAAUCUCUACCUUUCAGAAAGUUAGGAUUAGUUUCUCAGAGAACUGUAGCAAAGAUGGGAGAUAUUUGUAUUUAUGUUGAUUUUAAUAAAAUCAUAAUUUAUAAAUGAAGUGAGAAGAUCAUCAGGAAACUAGGAUAGCUACCCUAGUGUAACUUAGAAAAGCUAAGCAACAAAUUCGAAAAUUGUUAAUGACGAAAUAGUCUGAUUUGAGGGAUGUGUGGGGUAAAUGCAGUAAAGUUUACAGAAAACUAUGUGGGUUUUUAGUGUGUGUGUUUUUUGUUUUUUGUUUUGUUUUUUAACAGUAGAGAAGAAAGCUUUAUUAGAAGGGAAAGUACACUUCCAGACGUGGAAGUGGGCCUGAGCAAGAGAAGCAUGGCUCAAAAGGCCUUUAGUGUGUUUAUUUUGAUGAGGAGUUUGGUCACAACUGAAAGGGAACAGUGUUUCAGCCAUCUUUGAAGAAGUUAAAAUUCUGCAGCUUGUAGCCAUAUGUCUUAGGUACUGUAAAAGAAGACAUAAGUUAUCAGUGCUGGUGUUCUUUCAUUGAAAGGGAAGGGAAGAAAUUACUAUAUGACUUCAUAACUGGCCAAAAAAUUUCAGUUGGUGCUUAAUUUGUCUAGAAGAGGCUUGGCUUCAACAGAAAAGAAAAGAAAAGGUCAAUGAAUUUAUUGAAGUAAUUAAAAUACAAUUGAUCUAGUAGGAACAUAAAAUUAUUUUCUAAUAAAAUUAUAAUGUACUCCUUCCUACCAAACAGAAUUUUAGUUAAUACCAUAGGGACUUUUGAUGGUGAGUUAGAUUGUGUUUGGCAUAGAAUUUGGAAAUGUAACUUGAAUGUAAGUAUGCUGCAAAAUGUUGAAUGUAUCCAUAGAAAUACUUUUUCUGUCAAUGCCAAAUGCCUAUUAUAAAUGAACCUUAAAGAGUACAUUCCUCCUUUGCACAAUAAAAUUUCUUUAUAAGAUUCAUGGUUUUGCUCUUCCAAGAUAACAAACUGCCCUAAAGAUUUAGGAGUCAUUUUCUUGUUAUCACAGGUGUCAAUAUUUUUCUGUAUUUUGUUUAUAAUUUUAUUUUUUAAAUAAAACGUUUAUAAAGAUAAA